AUGAAGAUGCACCUCUUUGCUCGUGUCAUACUUGCUGGUUUGGCUGCUGCAGCGCACGCACAAUGGCAGCAUGUGUCCGACGUUGAGUUCCAGUCCCUUGUCGACUCGAACGACCUCACGCUAACAGCGUUCGUUGCGCCGUGGACAGCUCCCUGCCAAUCGCUCGCGUCAGAGUGGGCAGCGGUGAAGUCUCAACUCACUUGUCCAGCCAUCAGCAUCGACUGUACCGUGAAUCAGACCCUCUGCGCCGCGCAUAAUGUGCAUUCUUAUCCUGCCAUACGCCUUUUCCGUGGUCCCCAUGAAUCAGUGCGAUAUAGAGGUCCGCGCAAAGCAUCCGCCAUCGUACCCUUCGUCCGGCGUGUCUCCCUUCCGGCGGUCUCGGAGGUGAAUUUCAAAAAUAUCACGAGAUUAACUGGGAUAGAUCGAGUGACGUUUGUGGCAUUUAUGAAAAAGGAGGACCAUUCCAUGAGAUCAAAAUUCAUAAGAACUGCACAGAAGUACCAGGACCAAUUCGUCUUUGGGAUCUCGGACGACAAGAGACUGGCAGAAAAGGAGAAGAUCACAUUCCCCUCUAUCGUUUCUUACAUGACGGAUGUUGGCGAUCGAGAGAUCCUGCCGGGCACCGUGAGCCAAUCUGUCAUUGAAAAGUUCGUUCUUGAGGCAGGAAAGCCACUCAUAGAUGAGCUGACUCGCCGAAACGAAAUCAACUACAUGAGUUCCCAUAAACUGCUUGCCUAUAUAUUCGUCACUGACGACAACGAUCGCGCUCUCUUCUGUCGAAAGCUUCACCCCGUUGCAAAGCAGUACAAGGAUUAUGUCAACUUCGUCACGAUUGACGGCGACGAAUACGGCCACAUGACCACAGGCCUUGGGCUGCACAGGGGCCACUAUCCGAGUUUUACCGUGUAUAGCGCUUGGAAGGAUCAAGUAUUUCCGUAUCCAGCGGCGAAACGAAUCGAGGCGGACAACAUAGAAGCCUUUCUCUUGGAAAUUUUGCACGGGAAAAGAGCACCCUGGAAUGCUGCCGGGAGGGAACAGGGACAGCACGAUGAGUUGUGA